AUGGAUCAAUUUGGAACUGACAACAAUCCUUCACCUUCUCUACAGACAACAUUAGCCGUUGGUGGUGCGCUUGCGCUUGUUGCUGGUGCCCUGAUACAUCAUAAUAGAGAUAAAAUAUCUUCAUUACUCGUGGAAAACAUCGCUGGCGAAGAGCUCAACGUUGGCACUGAUUGGAAUAAACUUACAAUACCGGCGAAGACACAAGGGCACUCUGAUGCUCGUGUGGCUGCUACACUUAGCACACGUCCUUUAUUAAUAAACGGCAUAUCGACGAUUAAUGAUCGUACAUUUAUGACAUUUUAUGAAGGUUUCCAUAUUGGGAAGGAAACUGCAAAAUAUCGUGGUGAUGAAAGAUGUUUGGGUUACCGAGUUGAUCAGAACUCUGAUUUCCAAUGGAUAACAUACGAUCAGGCCGAUCAAGUUGCAACAGAAAUCGGCAGUGGACUCAUUAAAUUAGGUGAAGCUCAUGGACAAAAUACUUUCAUUGGCAUUUAUGCUAUAAAUAGUGUUGAAUGGAUGACAACAGCAUUAGCAUGUCAUUCUCAUAGCAUGAUCUAUGUACCACUCUAUGAUACACUUGGAGAACCUGCAAUUGUCCAUAUAAUUAAUCAAACUUCAUUGAAAACGAUCUUUGUUGACAAAGUCGAAAAUAUUCUUCUUCUACUUAAAAUUGUUAAACAAGUGUCAACGCUAAAACGAAUAGUAUUGACUAAAAAAAUUCCCGAUGACAAAAAUUCAGAAAUCCGGGCUAAAGCCAAAGAAGUUGGCAUCGAUAUCAUGACAUACGAUCAAUUACGAGAAAUUGGUCGAUCAAAUCCUAUUCCACAUCAUCCACCUAAGCCUGAAGAUCUGUUCGAAAUUUGUUAUACAAGUGGUACAACAGGUUUACCAAAAGGUGCUAUGCUCACACAUAAAAAUGUUGUUUGUUUAAUUCAAUCAGCGUCAGAAUUUUUUCGUCCGAUCUUUACAGAACUGGAAACAUUGAUUUCGUAUUUACCAUUAGCUCAUACAUAUGAACAAACAAUUGAACUGUAUUGUUUAUGUCAAGGUUUUAAAAUUGGCUAUUAUCUUGGUGAUGUACGUCAAUUAUCCGACGAUCUUGCUCGUUUAAAACCAACGUUAAUGCCAUGUGUACCUCGACUCCUUAAUCGAAUGUAUGAUAAUAUACAAACAACAAUUCGGCAAUUGAGUCCAUUGAAACGGCAUUUAUUUAACAUGGCUUUGUCUGCGAAGGCACGUGAGGUUGAACAACAUCAGGUGACACGCCAUAUGAUUUGGGAUAAAUUCGUUUUGAAACGUAUUCAACAACGACUUGGCGGCCGAAUGAAACUAAUUGUCAGUGGUGCUGCACCUCUAUCGCCAACCAUUCUUGAAUUUCUCAAACGUGUUUGUGGUGCCUGUGUAGUUGAAGGUUAUGGACAAACAGAAUGUUGUGGAAUAUCAACAUGUCAAAUGCUUGGCGAUCCAAGUGUCGGAAAUAUCGGUGUUCCAUUAAAUUGCAAUAUGAUUAAAUUAGUCGAUGUACCUGAUAUGCAAUAUUUCUCAAAAGAUAACGUUGGUGAAUUAUGCAUCAAAGGUGCCAAUGUCUUUAAAGGAUAUUAUAAAGAUGAUGAAAAAACAAAAGAAGCAUUGGAUAAGGACGGUUGGUUGCAUACGGGUGAUGUUGCCAGAUGGGCACCAGCGGGUCAAAUUCAAAUCAUUGAUCGAAAAAAACAUAUGUUCAAAUUGGCUCAAGGUGAAUAUGUUGCACCGGAACGUAUUGAAAAUAUCUAUGUUCAAAGUCAAUACGUGGCUCAAGUAUUUGUCUAUGGAAAUGGUUAUAAGAGUUUUACUGUGGCGAUUCUUGUUCCUGAUGCAGAUGUUCUUGAGAAGUAUGCUCGGGAAAAUAAUAUCUCGGGCGAUACAGCUGAACUAUGUAAGAAAAAAGAAAUAAAAGAACUGAUAUUUAAGGAUAUAAAACGAUUAGAAAAAGCCAAUUCAUUAAAAGGUUUCGAAAUGGCGAAAGAUAUCUAUUUACAUAGUGAACCGUUUUCAGUUGAAAAUAAUCUUUUAACACCAACCAUGAAAACGAAACGACCUGAACUAGGUAAAUACUUCGAAAAGGAAAUCGAAGAAAUGUAUAAAAAUAUCGAUUAA